UGUUGUGGAAAGUUGAUAUUAUGAAAAUCUGUAUUUAUAAAUUAAAUUAAACUGGUUAAUAUUGGAUUAAAAAAGAAAUUUUAUUGACCAUGCGACUUUUAAAGUUAUUGGUCGUGUUUGCAUACCUCCAUAAAUCACAUUGUGCUGUUGUGCACAUUGAAGCAAAUCCUGAUGCAAAACGGUUGUAUGAUGAUUUAUUGAGCAACUAUAAUAGACUUAUAAGACCUGUUGUCAACAACACCGAAACGUUGACAGUUUGGAUAGGACUUAAAAUUACUCAGAUUAUUGAAGUCUCAUUAAGAAAUCAGGUCAUGACAACAAAUUUAUGGGUUAAGCAAAAGUGGUAUGACUAUAAAUUGAAAUGGGAUCCUGAGGAAUAUGGUGGUGUUGAACAGCUUUAUGUGCCAUCUGAACAAAUUUGGCUUCCUGAUGUCGUAUUGUUCAAUAAUUGGGACGGAAAUUAUGAAGUGACUUUAAUGACAAAAGCAACAUUAAAAUAUACAGGAGAGGUAUUUUGGGAACCUCCUGCAAUUUACAAAAGUUCAUGUGAAAUGAAUGUCGAGUACUUUCCAUACGACGAGCAGAGCUGCUUUAUGAAAUUUGGAUCAUGGACCUACAAUGGAGCACAAGUUGAUUUAAAGCAUUUAGAUCAAAUCCCGGGAUCAAAUUUAGUGCAAAUUGGAAUUGAUCUGUCAGAAUUCUAUUUGAGUGUUGAAUGGGAUGUAUUAGAAGUACCAGCCAGUCGCAAUGAGGAAUAUUAUCCUGGCUAUGAAGAGCCAUUCUCAGACAUCACAUUUAAACUUACAAUGCGUCGUAAGACCUUAUUCUAUACAGUCAACUUGAUUAUUCCUUGUGUUGGAAUCACAUUCUUAACAGUAUUAGUUUUCUAUUUGCCAUCUGACUCAGGAGAAAAAGUCACACUCUGUAUCUCAAUUCUCGUUUCAUUGACUGUGUUUUUCUUGUUGUUGGCUGAAAUUAUUCCGCCGACCUCAUUAGCAGUUCCAUUGUUAGGAAAAUAUCUCCUUUUCACCAUGAUACUUGUAUCAUUGUCAGUUUGGACGACAGUUUGUGUCUUAAAUGUCCAUUAUAGAUCAUCAUCAACUCAUGUCAUGUCACCAUUAAUAAAGCGUUUAUUUUUGGGAUUUAUGCCAAGACUGUUAAUGAUGCGUCGCACAAAAUACACACUUCCCGAAUAUGACGAUUCUAUUCAUACAAAUGAGAUUGAUUUGAGGGAUCAUUAUCGGGAAAGCUUAACAGAUUAUCCAAACGAAUACAAGGACAAUAAUGGUCAUCAAGACUAUGAAAAUAUGCCGCCUCUGAAUCCGGAGCCUGAGCACAUUAUCAUACCGAGAACAUUAACACCGGAGAUUCAUGCGGCAAUUCAGUCAGUUCGAUUUAUUGCUCAGCACAUAAAAGAUUCUGAUAAAGAUAAUGAGACCAUUGAGGACUGGAAAUUUGUUUCCAUGGUGCUCGAUCGAUUUUUCUUGUGGAUCUUCUUUCUCUUGUGUGUUGGUGGAACCUUGGGAAUUAUCUUUGACAGCCCUUCAUUAUAUGACAUACGCCAACCUAUAGAUCGUCAACUGAGUGAAAUACCCAUGAGAAAAGGAGGCUUAAGUUUGCCAAAUGAUAUUGUUCGUAUUAAUUUUGAUUAAGUAUUUGCACAGAAACUCAACGAUGGAAAAAAUUCGUAGAAAAAAAGGUUCUCAUCCUCUUCAUUUUUUUAUAAACAAAAUUUAAUUCAUUAAUUCCAUUUUUUUGACCCGAGGGAGAAGCAUAAAAUUUACCUUGUACCUUUUGCCUUUUUUUUCCUUAAGCAUGUACUAAUUUUCUCAUCUUAGAUGGAUCUUUGCUAAAAUUCCUUCCUUUAUUUAAUAAUUUUUUUCCAUCAUCAUUAUUUACUUGGAGUUAAGCAAAUUAGAAGAUGUGAAUGGGAAGUAGAAAAGUGGCAAAGACAUUUCAGCAAAAUUUAGUACCUUCAAAGCCUUUUUUUUCUCCUCGAAUUUUUCAUACUUAAUAGCGCCUCAUUUAAAAGUUUAACUUUUAAGAAAGAGAAGCUGAUUCUUUU